ACAAAUAUUGAUUUCCCCUAUUUUCAAACAAAUAUACUUUUCACAAAAGGUCAGACGUAAAAUAAUUUACUCGAACAAGUAACGAAUCCGUGAACGCCUUGAAUAUUAUACAGAAAAAAAGAAGAAUAAAUUAACAUAAUAAGAAAAUCGAAAACUGAAUCUAAAUCAACUGAAAAGAACGUUGUUUCGCCUAAAUUGAGUGUGUGUGUGCGUGUUUUUUUUUACAAAUUCCAAUCAAUUAGACAAAAAUAUUAAAUAUUUAUAUUUGUGUGUGAGUGAUUUAGUGAAAAUAAAAACAUCCUUAUGAUUGGAUCAUUUUGGAAUUUCUGUAGAGCGUGCCCAUCGAUGCCUGAAGACAAGCUCCAUUCGGAAUACCGUAGUACUUAUCGUUGGCAUGAGUAUACAGGUAACAAUCGAGCGGAAGUCAUUAAAAAGCCGCCAGCAACUAAUCAAUUCGCCAGCUCUGCGGAUCAUUUUUUCUCCAAGUCCACGGAAGAAGAACGUCAUGUUGAAGGUGUUAUCAACGAACCUCCAUUGCCAAGACGUAAAAAGUGUCCUGAAUUAGCAUAUAGAACUCAUGAAUUUAUAACUGGUGAGACGAGAACUAAAAAUGAUAUAAACGCCCGUACGUACAAUGGCCGAGCUAGGUCCGAGGAGCGUGGAACACCGUCACGUCGUAGUAAGUCAGAAGGUCCUUAUCGAAUUCCAAAUGGCGACGCUUAUCCAAUAGGCGAUACCGUGGAUAAGCCAAAUGGCCAUCCGAAAACAGGAAGUAAGGCGGGUGAGUCUAACGGACUUUUCAGAAAAACAAUAUCAAAAUUGAGCACAGAAUAUCGAAUACAAUUUAUUUGGCCGCACACGCGAAAAGAUCGAAAGAGAGGCGAUGACGAAAUCGAUAUUCCGAAAAAAUCCUUAUCAAUGGGUGCUAUAAAGGCAGCACAAUCAAAUGCGAUGCCUACCGUACAUAAAAAGCGAACAAUCUACGAAAAAGAAGCAUCCACGCAAGAGCUGGAACCAUUGUGUGCCGAAGAGAAAAUCGAAAAAAAAAGCGAGUUUCCAGCAAAGAAAUCGGUGCGACCAUUUUCGCAGUACGCAUACGAUAGCAAGUUUAAACAUGGUCAUACCGAAAGAGAGAAUUUCGGCUUUGCGACUGAUGCUGAAAAUAAAAUAGAUAACAAGACUUUAGUCAAUGGUGGACACGUAGCACAAACAUGGUACCGUGAUGUGGUUGAAUUGCGUAAAAAAGCGGAAGAGUACAAGAAUCGUGGUUGGGGCACUGAAAUAAAUCCGGAUCUAUAUAAAAAGCAAAAAGAUUUAUGGGAUCAAGUCUCACGUCGUAGCUCCUUAUCGGCUCUUCAUCUGGCAUCAGCCGUACACAAGCCAAUUACUAAAGAAGAAAAAGAAGCCGCAAAUAAUAAGAAAAGUUCACCGAUCAAAAAUGUGUCGGCCAAAAAUGUGAGCCAAAUUAAUUUCAUUGACAAUAAAUUAAUUCACGAUGCCGCAUUACCAGCUCGUGCACUUUAUAUUCGUCAUCAUUUGGGGCGCACCACUGGCUUGGAUAUGGAAGAUGGUGCAUUAUUGCCAUCACCAACACGUGAUAAGCUAAUGCCAACCAUUCCCAAAUCAAAAGAAGAUGAAAGCUAUAAUUCACAACGUGGUAGCCCAAAGAAGAGUGCUAUCUCACGGCAUGGCAGCCCACAAAAAGGAUCUCCACAAAAAAUGCAAAAGAAGACAAUAAAACAAACAGAUCGAUCGCAAUCGGUUGGACCGGCUCCGUCAAAUGUGGACAGCUCACCGAAACGACAAGUUCGUUCAGGUAGCGCUGCACCAGCAACCACCAUCGCUGGCACAAAAGUAGGCAAGAAAACACCAGUAUCGACACCAACAAUCGUGGAACGACGCCCUCGACCAACAACCCUUUCCACAUCCAAUCAUUAUCGCUCUAAAAGUAGUUCCAUACCGCCUAUCGGUAGAGCUCAUUCAACUACUCCUGGCUCUCAUCAAAAUCAAAAUUUUGCGCCAAACAAUACACACAAACUCUCAUCACCAUCCCAAAACACAAUACCCGUUGAUCCAUCCAAUCCAAAUCAAAGAAUCCUCUCAAAAACAACCACAAAACAGAGACCUCAAUCGGCUAUUGUGAUGGGUACAUUCGACCCAAUGACUGCAUCGACUAUUAUAUUUAACGAUUCACAAAAGGUCACAAAUCAGGACAAGAAAACUGCGAGAAAUGAAGAUGACACGGAUAAAGAUGGCGUUACAUCUCUAUCAAGUGCCAGUCCAAUUCCAGCUCACGAAAUUUACGAACAUAUAGUUAAAUCUCCGCCAGAGCCGACUCGCGUUAAAUCGCCUGAGCAAAUUUUAAUGCGUUCGCCAGACCCAGUGAAUUGGAUUGUUCCCUUGGAUACUGGCAAGACGUUUACUGUUACACAAAACAUUCGUAACGGCGAUCCAGUUGUUCGUCCACAAAGUGAAUUUAAAGUAUCAACACCAGUCGAUAAACCACCAUCGGCACCGCUUUCAGCACCACCAAAUGUUAUCGAACAAGCUAAAAUGGAAGCGUGGAAAAAUGAAAAGCUCGAGGAAACACUUCCCAUAAAAGAGCCACCACAUCCAACGAUUAUAUCGGCUGUGCCAUAUGAUAAACCAAUACCAGGAUCGACAUUGCGCCGUUUAGACGAUCCCACUUUUGAUACGGAUAUUACAUCGUCUGUAACCACAGUUAAAGACCGACCAGCUGCUACUGAUGAUCUAAAUGAAGCUCGUGAUCGCUUCGAUCGUUUCUGGGGUUGCAACAAAGACAAAGAUGAAAAAUUUUAAACUCCAUAACGUGCAACAUAUAAACAGGGUAGAUGAGAAUAAAACAAAACAAAAAAUCUUUAAAAAAAACAUAACAAUGCGACGUUGUUGAAUUUGUAUCACCACGUAUUACAAAGCUAUCAUAAUUUAAAAAUUACCAAAAAAAAAAAAAAGGAAAAACAAAAAAAAAAAAAACAAAUGAUACUCGUUUAGACGAGAAAAAAGCCACUAAUAUUAUAUCGAAAUUUUCAUUUGAUAUUCUGAUGUACCGUAAACGUGAUCGCUGUGCCAUGGCACGAUGAAAAGAUAGCGAAAGAAGAAAUUAAAGAAAAAAUACCAACACCACAUUACACGGGAUGCAUUUCAUAUCCAUGAAAUCCAAUACUGUUCGAAAAAAAAAGCGAGAAACCAGAUACGGAGCGUUACAUUACAAAAUUAAUUCAGAACAUUAGAAUCAUCAUGAAAUGUCGAAGGCAACUGCACUGCCAUUUAGUUCACUAGUUCGCAUUUAUGUAGGCAAGCACAUCAACAAAACUGUGUAUGUAACAAGACAUGAGAGCAAAAAUGUGUGACACUUUAAACGAACGGCUUCAGUGCUCGAUUCGAUGUAUUUUGGAAUGUUGGUUUUUUUCCCACGUUUUUUUUCAACAGUGUUGUUGACGAUAUACUCAUAAUCGAUAAAUGACAUGAAUGCCAAUAACUGCUGCUUCCGUAAACAUUUAAGAGAGAAUUUGUAACGGAUUUAUAGAGUGUGAAGGAAGUUCAUCUUUGUUAACGAUUUCAAUUUUGCCUAUUCAGAACAAAAACAAACAAACAAAUAUAUACUCAAUGAAUUUAACGUGAUGCUUUUGGCACGAAUUUUAUACACACAGGCAGUUGAAAUUGCGAAAAUACAAAUUGUGUCUGUCAUAUCAUAAAUGCUUUUCAAAACAAAACAAAAAUAUGCGUGCUUUAUUUUUAAAACGAAAUUAAAGGAGAAAAAAAACAUGUGCCCAAUUGUUAAUUUUGUUCGUCUUUCGUUGCGAUGUCCAUUUAAACAUUUCAUUUUGAUUGUUUUCGCACCGUUAUAAUUGUAUCAACAAAUACCAUUUAAUGAGGAUAUUUAACAAAAUAACACUGGAUUUCGGCUUGCCGUCCAAUCUGCACACACUCACAAAAAAAAAAAAA